UGAGGCCGGGAGGGAGGGGGGGGGGGCGCCUGGCCUCUAUAUAAGCAGGCAGAGCGGCGGCGCCACCCCACAGGCACUAGCGGUCCAAGUCUCAGUUCAGCGGCGUCUCGCGAGCGCAAGCCGGGCGGCAAAGAUGGUGAAGACCGUGGGGAACCUGGAAGAAUUUAAGUCUGAAUUGAAAUCUGCUGGUGAUAAGCUUGUAGUUGUUGACUUCUCAGCCACAUGGUGUGGACCAUGCAAAGUGAUCAAACCUUUUUUUCAUAGUCUUUGUGAGAAGUUCCCAGACAUAGUGUUUCUUGAGGUUGAUGUGGAUGAUGCUCAGGACAUUGCUUCAGAGUGUGCAGUCCAGUGCAUGCCAACAUUCCACUUUUACAAGCAGGGCAAAAAGAGCUGAUGCUUAAGUCUAAACUCCAGGUGCUAUAAUAAAGAGAACUUGGGCAAGACUUCUCAUGUUUUCUUUCAACCUAGAGGUGAGCUUCUGGUUGGAAUAUCUGAUUUAGUAACCUCAUUUGGCUGUCUGUUUUCCAAAAUCGCUUAGUUAUGAAAUAAUUGGAUGGAUGGCUGUGCUCUGAUAUAAAACAGGUCCUUCAUACUGACUCAUCUUCACUGUGGGCUAGUGUAUAACCAGACUUGCAGGCACAUUGCUCAAAUUUCCUUCAUUUUAGGAAGGGCCUUCUGGGGUGGGAGCUUGGCUUUCAAAAACUAAAUUUGCCCAUCAGAAAAUAUGCCUCAAAUGUUGGGUGGAUUGAGUAGGUGGUUUCUAUGUCUAGUGUAGACAACUCUUAUCUUCUAGAAUCUCUAGUAACUUUCUCUUUAAAACUAAAUCUUUUUUGUUUCUGAGUUUGUUCCUUGUCCACAAAUCUAACCCAGCUGGAGAACGUUUUCAAAGUGUUACCUAAAGUUAAUUCAUCUGGAUAUGAAGUGG